AUGCAGUUCGCGUUACCUCCCCGGAGGGCCCCGAUAACUCCUGUGUACGGACGAUCCUCGCGAUUCUCGUUACAGCGCAGGAAACAGCUCAAAGCCAUUGCCAUCCUCGCCUUUGCGCUGCUCACCAUAUUCUUCCUCCUCUCCCAAUUCUUCUACACGAGCACUGGCACCCCUGCAGUGUCCGCGAGCACCUCUAGUGUGGUCAUCGUCACAGUGUUAGAUCGGGUCGGAUUCAGCGAAGACUACAUCGAGAAGAUUGUCAAGAAUCGGGAGGACUACGCGAAGCGUCACGGGUAUACGAAUUUCUUCGCCAACGUGUCUGACUACGAAUCCUCGAUCGGCGACUCGCCGCAGAGCUGGGCCGUCAUCCCCGCCGUCCGGCAUGCGAUGGCCUCCCACCCUUACUCGCAGUACUUCUUCCACCUCGAUGCGCACGCCCUGAUCAUGAACCCGAGCAAGUCGCUGGGGUCACAUGUCCUGGAUAAGCAGCGGCUCGAGUCGCUGAUGCUCAAGGAGGUCUCCGUCGUGCCACCCGACAGCAUCAUCAAGACCUUUUCGCAUGUCCACCCGGAAGACGUCGACCUGAUCAUCACCACCGACAACGAGGACAUGAGUCCCGGGAGCUUUGUGCUGCGGCAGGGCGACUUCGCCAAGUUCUUCCUGGACUUGUGGUUCGAUCCCCUGUACCGGAGUUAUAACUUCGCGAAGGCGGAGACGCAUGUCUUGGAUCACAUCGUCCAAUGGCAUCCGACCAUCCUCGCCCGGUUGGCGCUCCUGCCUCAGCAAACCAUCAACGCCUACAGUAAGGAUUGCACGGCGGCGGCGGCGAACGGCAUCUACAAGGACGGCGAUCUUGUCAUCCGGUUCCUUGGCUGUGACACCGAUACGAAGCGGAGCUGCGAGAAAGAGAUGGAGCCCUACUACCGCCUUUGGCAGACCAAAUCGAAGACUGAGUGA